AUGGCAGCUUUUGUGAGAUUUCUGAUCUUUCUGCUCCAGAUUCUGCCUGCUCUGGGGUCCGUUCACUUUCCCAAUACUCGUGAGCUAUAUAGGUUCCCAAACGGAACUUGGCUCGAAAACAUCGCAGUGCGGCCUAACGGCAACCUUCUUAUCGCAGAUGCAACAACAUCAAGUCUCUGGGAGAUCAAGCCGUCAACUGACACUACCCACAGCUCUCCCGACCUCGUUCAUCGCUUCGAAGCCGCAACCGUGGGUGGAAUUGCCGAACUUGCACCAGACACCUAUGCAGUCAUUGUCUCCAAUUCCGUCUGGAGGAUUGACCUGAGCCAGCAUGCACAUAUUCCCCCGCCAGUUCGAAUCGCAGAUAUAAUAUCUGCUGGGUUCCUGAAUGGAGUGGCUGCACUCGACGAGGGCAAUGCGGUUGUCAUCUCGGAUUCCGAACUGGGUCUCGUGUGGUAUCUCAACAUCCAAUCUGGGAAUUAUAGCAUCCUGCACCGACAUGAGACCAUGGAAGCGAAUUCUGACUUGGGCAUUUUGAUCGGUGUCAAUGGUCUGAAAAUCCUGCACGACUACAUGUACUACAGCAAUAGUCCAAAGCAGAUUUUCUGCCGUGUUAGAAUCGAUACACGUACUGGUCGAGCUUUGGGGCCUUAUGAAAUCAUCAGUCAUGAUACACUUGCUGAUGACUUUGCGGUUGACUCAUGGGGCAUUGAAUACCUGGCUAGUCCGACAAACAAUGAGAUCAUCAAGGUUUACCCUGAUGGGUCUCAUGAGGUGGUUGCAGGCUCGAAAAAUUCGAGGGAGUUGAUGUCUGUGACCGCGGCGGCUUUGGGGAGGACACAAAGUGAUCGCCAUGUUCUUUAUGUCACAACCGGAGGGGAAACAGAGCAUGCCGUCAACACUACCGCGUCCUUGGGAGGGAAGGUUAUGGCGGUUCUCGUUGACAGUUAG